ACUUUUCCUCUAAAAGCAUAGGAAACGCACGAGCAGAGCUCAUCGUCUUGGGCGUGGCGGUGCUCUGCUCCAUCGAUCCCCACCCAAAUCCAAGCCACGCUCGCCGGCGGGAUCCUCCUCCACCACCACCCUAACUCUUCCCGCCACCGCGGAGUGUCUGGCCGGGGACUCUUGGUGCCGGAGACGGGAGGGGGGCAUCGCCGGCGACCGGAGAGGAGAGGCGAGGGGAGGCUCGCGCUUCGGAAACGGUCGUUGUCGUCGUCCCGGAGCCGUGGACGCGCGCGCGGCGGGGCUAGGGGAGGCUACGGCCAGCGGCCAAUCCGAGUUCGAUUCCCCACAGUGUAAUUGCCAUGGAUGAGCAUUUCAUCCUCCGCGUGCCCCCUUCUGUGGCGGAGCAGAUCGAGCGCCUUAUGAACGAAUCCGCUGCCGGUUCAUCCUCCAACCCCGAGGACGCCUCCCUCAACCUCUCCUUCUCAGAUGAUGGAAGAAGUGGCACAUUUAUGAUUGGUAACCAGAGCUUUCCUGCAUCUCUCUUGGAUCUCCCAACUGUUGUGGAGUCAUAUAAGACAUAUGAUGAUUCAUUUUUAGUUAAAGCUGCUGAUAUUGGUCAGAUGGUAAUGGUAAGAGAAGAUGUUGAUCCUGCUCCUGAAGAAGUUGAAUACAAGCAUGGACUUACUCCUCCAAUGAGGGAUGCACGCAGGCGACGUUAUCGCAGAGAGCCUGACUUGAAUGCAGAGCUUGUUCACCGAGUUGAGAAGGAUCUUAUAAGUAUUAUGCAUGGAGUGUCUGUCAAAGGUGGUGAAGGUGGGGGUGGUGAAGGUGGUGACCGCAAGAAAGCUGCACCAGCUCCUGCACCCAAGCCAGACGCUCAAGAGCCUGCUGCAAAUGGCGAAGAAGCUGAGCCUGAGAGGAGUGACUCUGAUGAUUCGGAGAACUGAAGUGGACCAGAAUAGAUAGUGCAGCUGCCGUUGGCCGAGCAAUCCGGUGAAAUAAGCUAUUCAGAUCAAAGAAAGUGUAUUUUUACCAAGCAAGGGCGCUUGUUGUCUUUUUAGGACCUAUUGGCUAUCAUCUGAAUAAUAUUAGGAGUGUGCUACUAUGCAUCAUGGUGGAAGAGGUCAUAAGGGUGAUUGUAACUGCUGCUAGUUCCUGAAUUUUGCACUCCAAUUCUGUUACUUCGAACGACGGAUUGGAUGAGAUAUCACCAUAAUUUUAGUCUGGCCAAUGUGCAAGAAGAUAAAGGGCAGCUCAGGGUGAUAUCCCAAGAUUAUUUGUUUUACGCAAAUGGUCCAUCACUGGUUUUGAUACAACUCUGAUAGAUUUGAUUAUCUUU